AUGAAACCCGCAGGCAUUAGUUUUGCAGGGUUUCAAUCAUGCCACCUGCUUCUUGGUAUUGCUCUCGCACUGUGCUUUAACCAAGUCUCCUCCACUACCAACGAAACGGACAGACUCGCGCUCCUUGCGUUUAAGGCCGGCAUAUCUGGAGAUCCUUUCGGCAUGCUCAACUCAUGGAACAAUAGCAUUGGGUUUUGCCGGUGGUAUGGUGUUACGUGCAACCGAAGACACCCAAGGGUCACGUUCCUGGACUUGCAAUCACAAGGAUUGUCCGGAUCAAUCUCUCCUCAUAUUGGGAAUCUCAGCUUCCUAAGGCAAUUGUGGCUCCAUAACAACAGUCUUGAUCAUGAAAUCCCUCCACAAGUCGGCCAGCUGCGCCGCCUUCGUGUCUUACGACUAGACAACAAUUCAUUGGUUGGUGAAAUUCCCAAAAACAUAUCGGGUUGCCUUAACCUUGUCAGUCUCAUCCUUCAAGGCAACCAACUAACCGGAGAAAUUCCUGCAGAGCUCGGUUCAUUGCCAAAGCUACAGGAGUUCGUUUUGUCUGUUAAUAAUCUUAUCGGGAGUGUGCCUUCCUCCAUUGGGAACUUAUCUUCAUUGAAGGUCCUUUAUUUAUCCAGGAACAACUUGGGUGGGCGCAUUCCUCAAGUUCUAGGCCACCUGACAAACUUGCAACAGAUUUCCCUUGAAACAAACAUAUUGUCGGGUACAAUUCCAUCUUCAUUAUUUAAUCUCUCUUCGCUAGUUUUGUUUGCUACUAGAUUGAACCGGAUACAGGGGACUCUUCCUGCACGCCUAGGCCUCAAACUCCCAAAUCUUAAAUUUUUUUCCAUUUCAAUGAACCAACUUGAGGGCCCAAUUCCUCUCUCGAUAUCGAAUUGCACAAAGCUGGGCAGGCUUCAACUUGGAUCUAACAGAUUUUCCGGAAAAGUACCUUCUUUGGAAAAUUUGUAUGAGCUUAGUGCGCUUCAAAUCUCUACUAAUCAGCUUGGAAGUGGAAAACCUGAAGACUUGAGCUUCAUUUGCUCAUUAACUAACAACACCAAAUUAAGGUUCAUGUUAAUUAGCCAGAACAAUUUUGGUGGGGUGAUACCUAAAUGCAUAGGUAAUUUAUCCACCACUCUAAAAAUUUUUGUUGCAAGCCAGAAUCCAAUAUCCGGUGAGAUUCCAAAAGAAAUCGGGAAUUUAGUCAAUUUGGAAGCAUUGCGUAUGAGUAUGAACCAGUUUUCAAGUGUUAUCCCCUCAAAUUUUGGGAAUCUACCAAAUCUAGAGAUGUUGGAGUUAGGCUAUAGCAACCUCAGAGGGACCAUCCCAUCUUCUUUGGGAAAUCUAACCAAGUUGAUUCAACUAUAUCUUAGUGGGAACAACUUUCAUGGGCAAAUUCCUUCCCAUAUAUCAAAGUGCCGGUCUCUUAAUAUGCUUGAUCUGUCUAAUAACAAUCUCAGUGGUGCCAUACCCCGGCAGCUUAUUGGUCUCUCAUCAUUAGCUAUCAUUCUUGACUUGUCUCGUAACCACCUGAUUGGAGCUCUACCCACAGAAGUUGGCAACUUGAGAACUUUGACUAUGUUGGACAUCUCGGACAAUUUUUUGGUAGGUGAGAUCCCAAGUAGUUUAGGUGAUUGCACAUCAUUGACAUCACUAAGGAUGGGUCGCAACUUCUUCCACGGGUCGAUUCCUCGAUCAAUUAGAUCGUUAGGAGGCAUUGAAGAACUAGAUCUUUCAUGCAACAAUUUGUCAGGCCAGAUUCCAGAAUUCUUAGCUGUAUUUCGUUCCUUGAAACUUCUGAAUUUAUCAUACAAUAAGUUUGAAGGCAUGCUACCACGUGAAGGAGUCUUUAAAAAUGCUACAAGUACUUCUAUUAUUGGAAACAAUGGGCUUUGCGGCGGACCACCGGAAUUUCACCUCCCUAACUGCAUCUCCAAAAGCAAGAGAAAAAAGAUCAACAUAGUGAUAUUGUCUACUUCUGUUAUUUUUGGAGUUCUUGGAAUAUCUCUUAUUCUAGUUUUUAUAUGUCUUGGUUGGUCGAAGAAGAAUGUAAAUGAACCAGUUUCAAGUUCUAUGGAUAAUUCACGUCCGAACGUAUCUUAUCAAACACUCCUAAAAGCAACCGAUGGUUUUUCUUCAAUGAAUUUAAUCGGCGUUGGAAGCUUUGGUUCUGUUUAUAGGGGGAUACUCGAGGAUGAUGGAAUCGCUGUUGCUGUGAAGGUGCUUCAUUUAGUUCGUCACGGUGCUCUAAAGAGCUUCAUAGUCGAGUGUGAGGCAUUAAAGAACAUCAAACAUCGAAAUCUUUUGAAGAUACUGACGGUUUGCUCAAGUAGUGAUUAUCAAGGAAAUGAUUUUAAGGCCUUAGUCUAUCAAUUCAUGUGCAAUGGAAGCCUAGAACGGUGGCUACACCCAAACGCAACACCAUCUCAUGGAAAUGAGCUUCCAAAAAAGUUGAAUUUCAUUCAAAGGAUAAAUAUUGCUAUUGGUGUUGCUUCUGCAUUGGAUUAUCUUCAUCACCAAUGCCACAUCCCCAUCAUUCAUUGUGAUAUAAAGCCAAGCAAUAUCCUCUUAGACGCUGAGAUGGUCGCACAUGUUGGCGAUUUUGGAUUGGCGAAAUUCCUUCUUGGAUCAUCCCUUGAUAUUGUAGCUAAUCAGAUGACUUCAGUGGGUCUUAGAGGGACAAUUGGUUAUGCUCCUCCAAAAUAUGCAAUGGGAUGCGAGGUUUCAAGAGAAGGCGACGUCCAUAGUUACGGCAUUCUUUUAUUGGAGAUGUUCACAGGGUUGAGUCCCAUUGAUAACACAUUCAGAGACAAUUUUACUCUUCAUAAUUUUGUAACAGAAGCUUUGCCUGAACGAGUGCUUGAAAUUACGGACAACAUAUUACUUCAGGAAAGAAAGAGCCAUCUAGGCAUCUAUAAUCCUCAUCAUUGGUCUUCCAAAAAUGAUGGCAUAUUUCAAGAAUGUUUGAUCAUGGUAUAUAAUAUUGGAGUUGCUUGUUCAUACGAUGUGCCUAGAAGACGGAUGAGCAUCGGCGGAGUUGUAAAUCAGUUGUCUCAGAUUAGGGAGAAACUCUUUGCACUGGGUUUACGUGGAGAAGAUGAUGUCUUAAGAGCUUCUCUUUAG